GCACUGUGAGCGCAACAGGAUCCGUUUCGCAGCCUUCCUCCUCGGCCCUUCCUAGCGGGCUGAUCAAAGGGUGCCCCGGCUGCUGCAGCGCGUCCUGCCUGGGGUAGAGGGCGGAGAGCAGCGACCCCCUGGGAGGCGCCAGGUCAGCCACUCCCCGGGCGCCUCGGUGCCUCUGCUCCACUGCAGCAGAAAGGUGCGCGGCGGCGGCGGCUGCCGGCGGGGGAGAGUCCCCAGGCUGCCGACGCGGUUGGACGGAGCCGAGCUGUAUGGGAGGAGCUUGGGCUUUAAUGCACCAUAAGGCUCCAGCACCCAGCAGCCGCCGCCGCACGAGCUUCCCUUCAGCCGCCUCCUGCAGCGGCCCCUCGCCUGGAGCCCGCGGCUGCGAGCGGGGCGAACCCCGCAAGGCUUGCGGACCCAGCCGCUAGCCUUGCCCCCGCUAGGGAAACACCCAGCAGGGCCGCAGCUCUGCAAGGUCCGUUUCCCUCCCCCCCCCCCCCCCCCCACCAAAAAAAAAAAAACCCAACCCCGGAGCCGCGAGCUUUGCAGAAGCGGACACCAUUUUGUGGCUAGCGGCUUCCUGACUGGGCGAGCCGGGGACUGCUGCAUGCGGAAGGGAGCUCGCCCGGCGCCAGGGGAACCUGUUGGGCACCGCCAGAGCCCAGCUGCGGCACUUCGCACGGGAACGGGGGCUUGCGGCGGCUCCCCUGCAAUUCGCCCGGCUGCUCCUGCAGUCGCCGUCCCUGAGAGGAGGAGGGAAUUUGGACCUGGUGCUGCAACAGCAUCCGCCCCCCCUGGGUGGUGUAGGAGCCCGGGGUUUGCACCGUCCCUGGGCGGAGAAGGAGGUCUGGACCUUUGCUGCAGCAGGAGGAGGUGAAAGCUUGCUGGAGUGGUUUUCCUCCCCCCCCCAACCCCUCGUAGGGUAGGACCAUGCUGUGCUCAAUGCAACUCCCCUCCUCUCCUCUCCGCUGAGCCUGGCCGUGGUGGGGCGAUGAUGGAUACUUGCCCGCUUGUUCUCACUUCUCACGAAAGUAAGCCUGCUGUAAAUGGAGGAGGACAUUGAUACCCGCAAGAUAAACAACAGUUUCCUGCGCGAUCACAGCUAUGCCACAGAAGCUGACAUUAUCUCUACAGUAGAAUUCAACCACACAGGAGAAUUACUAGCGACAGGGGACAAGGGGGGUCGGGUUGUAAUAUUUCAACGUGAGCAGGAGAGUAAAAAUCAGCCCCAUCGUAGGGGAGAAUACAAUGUUUACAGCACGUUCCAGAGCCAUGAACCCGAGUUCGAUUACCUGAAGAGUUUAGAGAUCGAGGAGAAGAUCAAUAAAAUACGAUGGCUCCCGCAGCAAAAUGCAGCCUACUUCCUUCUCUCCACCAAUGAUAAAACUGUGAAGCUAUGGAAAGUUAGUGAACGAGAUAAAAGACCAGAGGGCUAUAAUCUUAAAGAUGAAGAUGGCCGCUUCCGAGACCCCUCCAUGAUUACAAUGCUACGGGUCCCUGUACUAAGGCCCAUGGAUCUAAUGGUGGAGGCCACUCCCCGAAGAGUAUUUGCCAAUGCGCACACAUAUCACAUCAACUCCAUAUCUGUAAACAGUGACUAUGAAACCUACAUGUCAGCUGAUGACCUGAGGAUAAACUUAUGGAACUUUGAAAUAACCAAUCAAAGUUUUAAUAUCGUAGAUAUAAAGCCAGCCAACAUGGAGGAGCUAACGGAGGUAAUCACUGCGGCAGAAUUCCAUCCACACCACUGCAACACCUUUGUGUACAGUAGCAGCAAAGGGACAAUAAGGCUAUGUGACAUGAGGGCAUCUGCCCUUUGUGACCGACACUCCAAAUUUUUUGAAGAGCCUGAAGACCCAAGUAACAGAUCAUUUUUUUCUGAGAUCAUCUCCUCAAUUUCUGAUGUUAAAUUCAGUCACAGUGGAAGGUAUAUCAUGACCAGGGACUAUCUCACCGUCAAAGUAUGGGACCUGAACAUGGAGAACAGGCCUAUUGAGACAUACCAGGUACACGAUUACCUCCGAAGCAAGCUGUGCUCGCUCUAUGAGAAUGACUGCAUCUUCGAUAAAUUUGAAUGUGUGUGGAAUGGGUCUGACAGUGUCAUAAUGACCGGUUCCUACAACAAUUUUUUCAGAAUGUUUGACCGCAACACCAAGCGUGACGUAACCCUGGAGGCCUCUAGGGAAAACAGCAAACCCCGGGCCAUACUCAAGCCCCGCAAAGUGUGCGUUGGGGGCAAACGGAGGAAAGACGAAAUUAGCGUGGACAGUCUGGACUUCAGCAAAAAGAUCUUGCAUACAGCUUGGCAUCCUUCAGAAAAUAUCAUUGCAGUGGCCGCAACAAAUAAUCUGUAUAUAUUCCAGGACAAGGUUAACUAGGAGGACAAGUUAUUCUUUAGGAAUCUCAUGUACAGAAUAUUAGUAAACACAAGUUUUAAAAUGUUUCUUUUCUUUUCCCUCCGCCCUGUUCAUUUGUUUAAUUAUUCCUCUGCAGAUAAUGUGUAGAGGCAUGCAAACAGAUUCCAAUAUCCCCUGCCUCCCACUCACCUUAAAGCAACGGGUUGGCAAACCCAGUAGGUACUGGUAUCAUGGUUUUGUUUAUUUUUUUUUAAGAGUUGAGAGCUAACAGAUGUAAUGAUCCCUUCAAUAGCUGGCUUGGAUUUCUGAUGCUUUUAUUACAUCCAGUACUCUUUGGUGGUUCCUAGUGUUGUUUGGUUCUAGACGUCUGCUGGUUUAAAUUGAGGUUAAUACUGUAGUAUGGUAUUUAAAAAUUCAACUAAGGUCAGAAAAGAAGGGGGGUGUGUGUGUAUGUGUUGUUUCUAAUUAAGUAAUCCCAGGGUUCUUUUAGUAUCAUUUGAGAUAUUCCACUUGCAGAAUGAUGUUGCCCUUGCCAAUGUUUUUUUAAAUUUAUCUUUUUUUUUUCUCCCUCAUUUCUUCCCUCCCCCUUCUCCCCUCCCUGCCCCCACAUGGAGACAGCGAAAUCAAACAUAAAAUGGAAAGAUCAAAUUUGCAAUGGACAGGUUUAAAGUUGGGGGGGAGGAGGAGGUAGGAGGGAAAGAUCAACUGUACACUCUAAUCAAGGCUGCUACCUUCCUUCUUUGCAUCCCACAGAAACUCUUAAGGAUUUGGCUCUGUAGAUACUGUGGUGCCUUUUUUUGGUAUAUGACAUACCUUUAUAAUUAAUGCUUCCAAAAUGCAACUAUUGCAAACCAAAAUGAAUCUGGGCUUUUCGUCUGCAUUUCCUGUGUUUUGCUUUGGUCAUUUUUAAUAGUUCUGUUUUAAUCUCUUGCAUGUCAUAACUGAAUCUUGCUCUUAAUUUUUUUUUUAUUAUUAUUUAUUUAUUUAUAUUUGAAUGACAAAUUCUAAGUUACUAAUUUACGACAUUGUGGGGAAAAAAAUACAACCACCACCACAUACUGCUGUCUGCACCUAACUGCUUUGAAGAGAGGGUGUCCAUGGUUCUGUGGUAUAAUGGUAAAAAUAAGAGCUCUUCCUCUUUGCAUGGCGAAGCUGCCCCUAAGGAAUACUCAGGUCCCUUCUUUAUCCGAGCAAUUGUACAAUAUAAAACUGCAAUUUUAUUCAAUGUGCUGUGCAUUCUUGCGGCUUGUGAACAAUGGGCAAAAGAGACAACAGCUGUGUUUGUUGCAAUGAAAUUUACUAGAAUUUUUAAAGGCAAAGCAUACCCUUUAAAGACUCUUUUGUAAGGCAUGAGUUGGAUUUCCAGCAUGUCCUUCAAGACUUACCAAGUCCUAUACCUUACAAGAAAGACUGCCACUUACUCAAGGGACAUAAAUACCAUAAGGAAAUUACACAAACUGCACAGCUACUGGGGACCUUCACUUAAUAUCUCUGGGGCAGGAGGAAGUCACUGUUGAAGUACUUGGAACCAAGCUUCUAAUUAUUAUUUCACUACUUAAUAGCCUGUCAGCUGUUCAUGAGACUUCUCAGGACAGGAACAGAUAAGUUUGCCUUGGUUAAAGGAAUGAUUACAAGGGAAAAAAAUUAUGCUGGCUUACAAAUUUAUUACAAAAAAUGGCUUUCUGGAGUAACCUGUUUUUUAAAAUGAAAUGAUUAAAAAAAUAGCAAAAGUAAACGUCUUUUUAAAAAAAAAAUCCUGUAAAGAGAGCCUGCACUCUGGCAUCAGAAGUAAAAUUGUCUCAAAUGUG